UAAUUUAUUUGAAAUUUUGAAUUUUGCAGCAUGUAGUGUUUUAAAAAUUCCAUCCUAUUUUUAUAUAUAAACUUACUUCCUCCCCCUUCUCCAUUUCUUGUGUUCUAUCUAGGAGGCUUUUGCUGCUCAGUUUCAUUUCACUAUCUCAUAAAAGUUCUUUUGAAGUUUUUAUUUCUCUUUCUAAAAACAAUCCUCUUGUUUCAGGUUUUCAAAGAAUUGUCCUCUUUGUUGGAUCAUUACAAUCUAGAAAAGAAAAUUCUGAGCUAUGUAGUUCUAGAAAAUGAGACAUUAGUUCAGAAGAAGACAGCAGACUCUCUUGUGAAUACAUUUGGCUAUUCACCAUGAGAUUAGGGAAGCCUAAAGGGGAUGUUACUCGGAGUUCAAGCCAAGGAAAAGCCUGUGAGAACAAGCGCAAAACAGGCCGGCAGCAGCAGAAAUGGGGAAUGACUGUUCGAUUCGACUCAGGCUUGAGUAGACUGAGAAGAAGCUUGGAUGAGAAACCCUACAAAUGUAUUGAAUGUGAAAAGAGUUUCAGUCAGAGUUCAACUCUUUUUCAGCACCAGAAGAUUCAUACUGGAAAGAAGUCCCAUAAAUGUGCUGAUUGUGGGAAAAGUUUCUUUCAGAGUUCUAAUCUCAUUCAGCAUCGACGGAUCCAUACUGGGGAAAAGCCCUAUAAAUGUGAUGAAUGUGGAGAAAGGUUUAAACAGAGUUCAAAUCUCAUUCAGCACCAGAGAAUUCAUACUGGAGAAAAACCCUAUCAGUGUGAUGAAUGUGGCCGAUGUUUCAGCCAGAGUUCCCACCUUAUUCAACAUCAGAGAACCCACACAGGGGAAAAACCCUACCAGUGCAGUGAAUGUGGCAAAUGCUUCAGCCAGAGCUCUCAUCUGAGGCAGCACGUGAAGGUACACAAAGAAGAGAAGCCCCGUAAAACCCGCGGUAAAAAUAUCAGGGCAAAAAGGCAUUUAGUGUCCUCUUGGAAAGCUGGUGCAGGAAGGAAGUCAGUGGCUGGUCUUCGCUAAGUAAAGGGCACUGCCUCAGCCUUCUUAAAAAAAAAUAAGUAAAAAAAAAAAGCUAUCUCUUUUAGAACUGGAGAUGCUUUAUAGUAGAGCGCUUAAGGACUAGAUUUUCUGGCAUGGAGACAUUGGGAAGGUUAAUGACAUUAUUUGGCUGAGAGAAACUACAUGAGUCCAACUACCCUCAUUUCUUUUUUAUGUGACAUGGAGCACAAAGAAUUGAAAAUAUGUUUUGAGAGAAUUUAAGAUUCUUGACCUCAGUUGAAAUUGCUUCUAUAUCAUUUUGACAAAAAGCAUCAUGUUUUGAUGACAUUUGUGAAAUUAUAGGUAUGCCAAUGAUUACUCAGUUUUAGGACUUUCUGUGGAAGGAA